CUCCACCAAACCCUAGCGAGGGCGAGGGAGGGAGAGACCACCCCGCCCCGCCCGGCCCCGACGAUGGAGAGAUCCCGCGGCCUGCUGCUGGUGGCGGGCCUGCUGGCGGCGCUGCUGCCGGCGGCGCCGGCCGCGUUCGGGCCGCAGCCGGGGGCGCCGUGCGAGCCCACGCUGCUGGCGACGCAGGUGGCGCUCUUCUGCGCUCCCGACAUGCCCACCGCGCAGUGCUGCGAGCACGUCGUCGCCGCCGUCGACCUCGGCGGCGGCGUCCCCUGCCUCUGCCGCGUCGCCGCGGAGCCGCAGCUCGUCAUGGCGGGCCUCAACGCCACCCACCUCCUCACGCUCUACGGCUCCUGCGGCGGCCUCCGCCCCGGCGGCGCCCACCUCGCCGCCGCCUGCGAAGGACCCGCUCCCCCGGCCGCCGUCGUCAGCAGCCCCCCGCCCCCGCCACCGUCCGCCGCACCUCGCCGCAAGCAGCCAGCGCACGACGCAGCGCCGCCGCCGUCGAGCGAGAAGACAUUGUCCCUGCCGCCCCAUGAGGAUGACGGCGCCACCCAUGUCAAGGCGGUCACCGCCCAAGUCAAGGCUGUCACCACCGCCCGAGAAGGCCCCAUUCCCCAUUCUCUCACUGUAUGUCCGCGUGCAUAUUAUUUAAGCAUGUCGGUGAGCACUGAGUGCGGCCUGCGAACCGAAGAUAAUUCCUGUUGCUCGCUCUUGAAAUCCAUCGUUUCUCCCUCAAACACGGCAUUAUGCAUUUGCAUACUUGGCGAAAGCGACGCCGUCAAAGAAACUGGGAUGAACGUUCAGGACAUUAUUAACAUUUAUGCCGAGUGCGUUGGGGUUCGGCCGGACAUCCCGGCGAAUGGAUGCGAAGCUCUUGAGUCUGCACCGCCGCCAGCGACCUCCUUCCAGUACACACCACCCCCAAGUGCAAGCUCAUCUCAUCGGACUAUUCUUAUUAUUAUUCUAUCCGUCAGUGUUUUCGGCCUGACACUGCUGGCUGUGUAUUUUCUUGUAGCAAAAGGCUAUGGUUGCAUUGGUAUCAUCUCAUGGGUAAAAGCAAGGUGGGGUGCGGAUACUGGAAGCAACGUCGAGUUAGAGCCUGUGGCUAUUGUGAUUACGAAUUCUGAAGAUGAAGGUCAUGAAGAGCCUCAAAGGAAGAGCUCAAGGAAUAUUCAGAGGAAGAAUUACCGUGAGUAGGGAUGUUACCUUCGUAGACGAAAAAGGUUGCUGUAUGGGUGGUUCGGGUGUCACUAUGUUCAAUGAGUUGAAAUGAUAAUGUUGCGUUGUAAGGGAUGUUUAUUUUGUUGAAAAAAAUCUAAAAUCAUGAUUAUCUUAAUAAGAGGUAGUACAAGUGAUGACAUUGCUAA